AUGGCCGAACUCUCUUCGUCAAGGAUCAACCGCCAACUGAGAUCCUUGCGCAUGAAAUGCACAAGUCUCAACGCUCUCACUCUCGCACCUACUAAGCCCGCGGUCUCUGUCACGUACGGGAGCUCGCACCGGAAUGUUUCCAAACACGCCCAAGAUGAUGACGGAACCCCUCCCCUGGCUAUUCUUCAAUCUCUGGACAAUUUCGGGACCAGGCUGCACCUUGACCGGGCCAUCAUCGAGAACAUGCAACUCUCCAAACGCAUCUACGAAGUUCGGGACGCCUUCCGGAACAUCGUACAAUCUGUCCUUGGCCCAGCGCCGUCUCUUGAUCACGAAGAACGAGGCCGUGUUCUUGACCUGACAAGCAUCUGCGCUCGACUCAUCGGCGAACACGUCCAGUCGGAAAUCGAGGCAGCUUUCGAUGACCUACGGGAUUCCGACGUCCUUGAGGACGACAGAGGCACUCAGGCCAUGGAUGACUUGUAUGACCAAGUGCCGCCUGCGUAUCGAUCGCGUAUGUUUGUCGCACAUGCUCUCACCUACAUCCUAGAGGCAUGCCCACACCAUCCCACCCUCUUGAGCGCCCUGUUGGACGUAUCCCUGUCUCAUGGCCUGGUGCCAGAGGCGCAGACAGUCCUAUCACAUCUCUUCGCCGUGGCCAUCAAGCCGCGCGCUCAGUCAACCUAUACCUGUCCCCUCACGCACCCCGCACACAAGAACUUCCUCAGCACACUACGAAAGUCCUGCACACAGUCGAUAAUCAACAACCGGACGUUCGCUCGACUUGUCAUAGACUGCCUAUCUGAACCAGCCUCAACGAGGUUGCACGCCUGGACCUCGAAGGCAGUGAACCGUCUCGCGCGCGAAUUCCGCGAACAGGACUUCAGCGGCUGUUUCGUCCCUCUAUGCACGGGCCUAGUGCAGGCUGUCGCCGAUGUCAAACCCAACGCGAAAGGGGGAAGGAAAGGAGGGAAAGUGUUGGACGACGUCCACGCCCAACUAUAUGACGAGGCCAUUGAACGAUUGCGGAAAUGGGCCAUCACCAUGCUCGACAGGCUACAUACAUCCAGCCCAGACUCAAUGGACGACUUCGUCGUGUGCGUAGAUUUCCUGGUCGCUGCUGCGUCACAUGGGCUACACGAGAGCCACGACACACCGACUCCACGCCCCGCUUGUUUGGCGAACGCGCUUGUCUGUUUGACUGCAUACUGUGUCUCAUCCCAACGUUCUGCGUCUCUACACCCGCACGACUUUUCCUCUCUGCAGGAUAUCCUUCGGUCCGCCAACGUGCAGAACGGGACCUUCAACGACCUCAUCUCUCACAUCUUCCCCCUCCCACGCAUCGAGCUCUUCGCCAUGCCCCUCGCAGAGCCUGAAGAUGCCAAUACGCCCACACCCCCUCCUACUCCACCCACCAUCCAUGGAGACGCUAUCGAGGCCGUCUCCGCGCUUGCUACUCCUCUGCGUACCCAGGGUCUCCUGAGGUGCGAAGCUGCCCUGUGGCUGGCCGCUCUUCAGCACGUCGAGAUACUCAUCGCCACGCCGACGGUCACCCAGAGCAUGACCACUCCGGGGCGGAAGCUCAGCCAGAGCCAGCUUUACAGUCUCCGACUCGAGGUAAUGGACCGCAUGGAGGACGCGGAAAGCAGGUGCUUCGGUGGGAAUCCAGGCGGCGGGAUGGCGGGUACGGCGCCUCCCGAAGAGGGCGAAUGGGAGUGGGAGGAAAUGGUCGGCUCGUGGGUGCUCAAGUCUCCCGCGCCCGCCCUCACCAAGAAGGCAAAGGACCACUGCCUCACGGGCAAGCGCCGCAAGGCCGGGGCCCGCGCUUCUCCUGUGCUGUCUCGCCCUCCAGCUGGGUCGUUGAUACGCGAGGCCCUCACUGCAGCCCGGCGGACGACGAAUACAGAGCCAGAGGCGUCCGCGUCGACAUGUCGGUCGGUGCCCGUGCGCACAAAGAACCCGUUGAAGAGGAAAGCGACAUCUAUAUCCACAUCCGCUACCUCAAGCCGCGCACCUUCGCGUGCUGGGUCGUCUGACGACGAAGAGAACGUUGCACCGCCUCGGAAGGUAUCAAAGUCCACUAGCAGGCUCCACCACACCCCCACCCCCGCGCGACGUUCCUCCAACUUCGCGACUAUCCUCGCGGACGCGCAGAUGAACGUCAUCUCACUCCGCGCCGAGCGCGAGGCCAAAGCCAAAGCCAGAGCCUCGACGAAGGCACCCACGCGCGGCCCCUUCACCUCCUCCCGCACGUCGUCCGUGCACGCGAUCUCCGCGCCGCCCCCGCCGAUCGCAGCGUGGCGGCGGCAGUCGAACUUUACGACGCUCCUUGCGGACUCACAGCGGAACGUGGUCUCGUUGCGCGAGGAGAGGGCGCGGAAGGCUCAGCAGAGCGUGCGCUUCGGGCAGGCGUCGUCCCAAGAGACCAUGUCGAUUUCUGACGACGAGGACGACGGGUUGAUGGCGCACUGGCAGAGCGAUAUUGACCCGGAGAGCAGCCCUGUCCGUGGGGCGGGGCCCGCGCACCCCUCGUCGGACGAUGCGCUUGACUUGUUUGCGUACCCGGACUCGUCGCCGGUCCGCUCACGAUGAAUGGUGCCAGGUUCGAUAUGAGAUAGCGUUUACCUUGAUGCGCGGUGUGCCUUUGUAUAUGCGCUUCCUAGAGAUGUCUGUGUACCCUACACUGUUUUUGUAUACUGAGGUCACUAUGGACUGGAUGAGAUACUUGGACAAUCAACUCCCCAGUGUAUGUUUAUUCGAGCCGACUCGGACACCGUGUAUCUUUACUCGCACGUCCUC